CUUCUUGCCUUCUAUUCCCUUCAUAGUGCCCCCGGGAGGAUGCUGCUUCAACUGCUGCAUGCUAUUGCCGGCCCUACCAGUUGGCAAUGGUAUCCCUCUAUGAGUCUAGAGACAGCCGACAUGAGCUGGCAAUCUAUUCCAGGGGACAGGACUCUCCGGCUCAGGGUGAAAUGUGACCUUCCGAGCCUUUCUGUCUCUCCUCAGACCACCCCACUCAUUGGCCCUGCCUUGCACCCCCUUUGAGUGUUUUUGCCUCACUGGAAGAUCAGUAGUGGGGUUGAGCACAUAUUAUGCAUGCCAAAUGUCUAGGUUUGACACUCAUCUUCUCCAGUUGAAUGAAUCUCAGGAUGUAGGCUUGGGAAAGGUCUUGGAGAGUCACCACUUACUGAAGUGGGCAAGACUGGGCUAGACAGCCCAAUAGCAUGACUUGCUGUAAGGCAGCUCCACAAAUUCACAAGGUUUCCAGUGGCUUUCUCUCAGCUGCUUCCUGUAUCCUUGUUCCUCAGAUGCAGGGCCGGAUUUAGGUUUGGUGAGGCCCUAAGCUACUGACGGUAAUGGGGCCCUUUAUAUGUCCAGCUAUCCUUUGUCAACAACAAAUUGUCACUGUUUUUUGUGUUGAAUAUAUGCUAUAUGGCAGGGGUGGCCACCUCCCAAGAGACUCUGAUCUACUCACAGAGUUAAAAACUGGGAGUGAUCUACCCCCUUUUGGGGGGUUCAGGUCAAAGCUGUUGAGUUUUUUUAAGGAAGGGAAGCCCUGUUUUGGGGGGGGGUUAGGUCAAACUUGUUGAGCUUCUUUUAGGAGGGAGGGAGGCCCAUUUUUGUUUAGGGCUUCAGGUCAUAGUUCAGCUUUUUUUAGGGAGGAGGAAAAUUUGGGGUGAGCUUUUUUUAGGGGUGCCAGUGAUCUAGCAGUGAUCUACCACAGACAUCCAGUGAUCUACUGGUAGAUCACAAUCUACCUGUUUCACAAUCUACCUGUUGGACGUGCCUGCUAUAUGGUAAUUUAUGGACCUAAUAGGUAUCUAAAGCCAUUUGAACAUAACAAAAUAGGAGCCUACACAACACAAAACACUGUUGCUGUAUGUAGGUUUUAUUUUAUUUGUUUUUUAUCUUAUAUUUUGAAAAUGUACAUCCAGGUUUGUUUGUUUUAAUUUUUUGGGGGGGGGGUCCCCAAGAGAGUGGGGCCCUAAGCUAUAGCUUGUUUAGCUUAUACAUAAAUCCAGCACUGCUCAGAUGCGAAGAAUGUUGUAUUUGUUUUCCUGAUUAUAAUGCUGCUACUUCUGUCCUAUGUUCUAAUAUUCCUUUCACACAAAAGAACCUGUUGCAUGCUGUGGCUUUUUGACUGGCAUGUCACGCUAAAUUUCACUCACACCAGUGGGCAUGGUGUGGCCCAACAAUGAAAGCCUUUGGACAAUGCCUCUACUCCCCUGCCCUUUCCACACAUGCCUGCUUCUCUCUUCACCCACGAAAAGGACAGGAAAGAACAGCAUGCCAGUAUAUACCACCCCAAAUUCCAUCAUGUUUACUCCUUUAGUUCUCUAGGCUAAUGAGGUUGCAAACAGAUUAUUUCCAGAACCAGUUAACAAGAAAAUAAGCACUAAACUUCCAUUAGAUUCUCUGAAGUGACUUCAAUGUGCGAAAGCUCAAAUGUAAUAUGGAAAUUGACAGGGAAUGGAGGGAAAUGGAAUGAGCUGCCAUGUGAAUGCAGCCUUAGAUGUAAAUUUGACUUCAGAAGUCAACCAAGAGUGUAGGAGGCCACGCUCCAGAUAUGCCUGGAUGAUACAAGCUUUCUCCAGCUUCAAAGAACUUCCCUGGAAAGUCCAGAGCUUCAGAAAGUGGCAGUUUUAGGGCUAUUAUGUAAUUCUGGUUUCAGACAAUCCCCACUGGUGCAUAUUGUGAUAGUUGGAAUACAGAAUUAAAAUCCUGUCUAAUGUAGGUGGCUUUGGGUCUAUUUUUUAGUACAACAUGCAUUGCCUGCUUCCUCGCCAUGCUGUGUUCAGCAUUAAUUGACCAUAACCUCGAGUCCACUUGACAUAGAUUUGGGGAAUAAAGUUUCUGUUCUGUUAAAACUUAACUACGUAAUACAAAUAAACGGCUCAUCAGAAAGGCCAACCCAGUUUCUAGUUUCGAUGACCAGCUAAAAGAAAAGAAAAGAAUGCAAUACUAAUUGGGAGUGGACCGGGGGACUGAAGUUGCAAGCGCUCUUUCUCUUACCAAGCUCAUUUGGCAUUUUGUGGCUUCCUAUACAUGGUUUUUGGCCAAGCGGGCUGGAUGCUUUCAGGCGAUGGAGAGAACCAGCUUGGUAUUCCUUAUCCUACUGGGCCUUAUAAUUAGGAAAAGUUUUGGGUGCUACUGUGACCAUUACCCAUGGAGCUCCUGGUCCAGCUGUUCACAGACUUGCAACCAUGGGAUGCAAACCAGAUCAAGGGAAAGCAACUACAAUGCCUAUUAUUAUAAGAAUUAUUGCGACCGAUUGUGCACGUGGAGAGAGACCCGGGCCUGCAACCAGCAAGUCUGCCCCAUCAACUGCCAGAUCAGUGACUGGGGCUCCUGGUCAGAGUGUGACCCAUGCGUUAAAAAGCAAUUUCGUGUCAGGUCUCUGGUACAGCCAUCUCAGUUUGGAGGUCAACCCUGUACUGAGCAGAUGACAGAUUUCCGGAGAUGCUUCCCCACAAAGUUAUGCAGGAUAGAGGAAGUCAAUUGUGGGAAUAAGUUCCAGUGUGAAAAUGGUCGCUGUGUUGGCAGACAACUGAGAUGCAAUGGAGACAAUGACUGUGGAGACAAUUCAGAUGAAAGGCACUGUGGGAGGAUAAAGAACGCCUGCCGCCCAACAGUCAAGACUAUACCCAGUGUGCAGCUCGUAGGCCUGGGAUACCAUAUUCUGGCAGGAGAGAGCCGAGGAGAAGUCCUGGAUUUUUCUUUCAACGGUGGGAGCUGCGUCCUUCUGAAGAGCGAAGACAAAAGGAGCACAUUUCGUGUGCCUGCAAACCUUGAGUCCGUCCACUUUCAGGUGAACCAUCAAGAAGAUGACCUGAAAACAAAUUACUAUACAGAGUUAACAUCCUUGGUAUCGUCUUCUAGUAAUAUGAAGUAUUUCAAGGGAAACGGGAAAGAUGAUUGGGGAAUCCCGUAUUUAUGGGGGUCAACGUCAAACACAGAAACUACGGCAUCAAGUUCCUUCCAUGAAGCCAUCAAAUCAUCCCACAAAAUGAAUUCCAACUUCAUUAGGGUCCAUAAGGUGAUUGCUGUGUCGAAUUUCACAGUGAAGCAGUCGGGCUUGCACCUCUCUGGAGUGUUUUUACAGGCCCUCAACAGCCUGCCUCUGGAAUACAACUAUGCCCUUUACAGCCGGAUAUUUGAUGACUUUGGAACUCAUUACUACAAAUCUGGCUCAAUGGGAGGCAAAUAUGACCUUCUUUACCAGUACAGUGAAGAGCAGACAAAAAAUUCAGGCUUAACCCAGCAACAAAUGGAACACUGUGUGCGAACAGAAACGACAGAAACCUAUUUCUUCUUCUUUACGGAAACAGAAGUUCAUAAGGAUUGUGUCAGAAGUAAAAUGACUGAGAGCUAUGAAGGUUCCAUGCUGAAGUCAUCUGAACGGUCUAUUUCCUUGGUCAAGGGUGGAAGGGCACAGUAUGCUGCAGCGCUAGGCUGGGAGAAAAAAGGGUCUUUCCCGGGACAAACUAUCUUUACCGACUGGAUGGAAUCAACCAAGGAAAACCCAGUGGUGGUUGACUUUGAGGUGACCCCCAUUUUGGAUUUGGUGAAGAACUUCCCAUGUGCUGUGACCAAACGCAGGAAUCUCAGGAAGGCUUUCUCAGAAUAUAUGGAGAAAUACGAUCCAUGCCGAUGCGCCCCAUGCCCCAACAAUGGUCACCCUGUUUUAUCUGGGACCGAAUGCCUGUGUAUCUGCAAAGCUGGAACUUACGGUGAUAACUGUGAGAUACGAGCCCCAGACUACCAGUCAGUUGCAGUAGAUGGCUUCUGGAGCUGCUGGUCUGCAUGGAGUUCUUGCGAUGCAUCUUUCAAGAGGAGGAGGACUCGGUUGUGCAACAACCCCCCGCCCACAAGUGGAGGAAAGCCUUGUGAAGGUGAUGGAGAAGGAGAGGAAGACUGUUAUAUUUCACUGUUUGAAGACAAGGGGGCUCCUUGCAUAAAUGACGAUGAAGCCGUAAGAGAAGUAGAUAUGUAUCAACCUGAACAAGACUUGGGAUGCCUGACUCCAGUACCUCCAGAAAAUGGAUUCAUCAGGAAUGAGAAAACACACUAUUCCAUUGGAGAAGAAGCAGAAGUUGUCUGCCUGAGUGGCUAUAACCUUGUUGGGUACCAGUUCCUUAGGUGCCUGCCGGACAAAACGUGGAAUCAACACACGGUCGAGUGCCAAUUGUCGACUUGUUCCAGACCGUCCAUCUCCGAUGAUAUCAGAAUCACCCCAUUUAAAUUUCAGUACCAGAUUGGGGACAUCAUCCACUUGAGUUGCCCAGAUGGUCGUGUUGUUACUGGCCAGAAGAAAUACACUUGUGGGGCUGAUCUAUCAUGGACACCUCCUGUUUUGACAUCACUAACUUGCAAGGAAGAUGGGCAGUUGAAUUCAAGAGGGAAUUGUCCACUUGGACAAAAAGAGGUGGAGUCUCAGUGCGUUUGUAUAUCUGCCGAGGAGGACUGUGAUCUCUACUCUGAAGAUAUCUGUGUGCUGGAUGGGGCAUCUGAACAAGCCCUUACGAAACCGAGCUGCCAGUAUCUGGUGGAAAGGUGCAAUGGCUCUGAACAGUUCCAUUUCCUCCAUUCUGGACCCUGCCGUGAUGACACGCCUUUGAACUGGGCCAUCGAGAGGGCAAGCUUCUCAGCAAACAGCACAAAGAAAGAACCUUGUGGGUAUGAUGUGUGUUAUGACUGGGAAACAUGUUCAGAAACGGAAUCACGGUGUACCUGCUUGCUUCCAAACCAGUGCCCAAAGGAUGAGGGCCACCUUUACUGCAUCCAGACCAGAAGGGGGCGUCCAAAGAGGACAUACACCCUCUGUGCAUUGGGGGCCAUGAAAUGCACCAAGAUGAGGAUGGAAUUCUUUCAUCCUGGGAAGUGCUUGCCUUAAAACAGACGUCAAAACUCAUCUCCUUAUGGAAGGACAUCCAGAUAAGACAGACAUAUUUUGGUAACAUGGUAUAUUCAGAAUAAAUAUCAAUGGACGUUAGUACUUUGGUAUCAAUAUAUGUCAAUCACUGAAAUAAGGAGUGCUUUACAUAUGUCCUAAGAGUACAGCGUUGCUGAAGAUUUCAGAACUGUCUUUUUCAACCAUUCAUUAGGUGGAAUGGUGGGUAAUGAAAUGAAUCCCUCCCCAAAAAUAUUAAGGGAGAUGAGAUGGAGUUGCCAUUUACCUUACUUAAACUUAGGAUGUAGCUAAGGUUUCUCUCUCUCCUUUUUCUUCCUUUAAGCUCAAAGCUCUCUCUGCUGUUUCCCACUGGCCGCAUUCCCUUUACAGUCGUACCUUGGAAGUUGAACGGAAUCCGUUCUGGAAGUCCGUUCAACUUCCAAAAUAUUCAGAAACCAAAGAGUGGCUUCUGAUUGGCUGCAGGAACCUCCUGCAGCCAAUCGGUAGCCGUGCCGGACGUUCAGCUUCCAAAAAUCAUUUGCAAACCAGAACACUCACUUUUGGGUUUCAAUCGUUUGGGAGCCAAGGGAUUUGAGAUCCAAGGUACGACUGUACUCUCUUAAGAAGAAUGCUACAUCAUGUUGCAUCACCCCAAGGCAUUCUGGGAGGUGAAUUUAUAUCCCACCUUUCCUCCCAAAGGAGCCCAGGGUGGCAAACAACAAGUGAUAAAACAAUUCUGAGGGGAUUAUGAACAGGAAUCACACCACAGUCUUUUUUUAAAAAAUAAAAAACCGCAUUAUUCAUUGAUACAAGAUUAGUCAUGAUCUUUGAGUAUUUCAGGAUGGCUGACAAAGUCUGGCUCUGUACAGUCCAUCUGUUUGCUUUAAGACAAUAUGAAAUAAGUGUUCUGGGUUAUUGCUGGUUUGAGACAGCUAAUGAUCUACCAAGAAAAAUGCACAGUCAUCUUCAACUUCUCCAAACCCAGUCUAAGCAUCAACUUGCAGCAUAGGGGUCUUCUAGUAAUCUCAAUCAUGGAACUCCAAAUCUUUAACCAUAUACUGUAUGUCCAAAUUUCUCUGUUUUCCUCUUUCACUCUCUUUCCUCUCUCGGUUUUUCUCUCGGUUUCCCCACCCAACCUCUCUUAAAAGACAGCAAACCUUUCAAUAAAUAAGCCAGUUAAAUGCUGGAGUUGCCACCUGUGUGAUCAGCCAUAUUGGUCAGCUGAUGUCCAAUUGCUCUAGAAUCUGGCAUAAUCAAGAAGCAGAGCUAACUGUGAGCCUAUGGAGAUAUUCUUGGGUCAUUUAUUAAAUUUAUAUCUGAACCUUCCUCCCAAAGGAGAGCAGAGAAGAAGAGAGGCGAGGCCUGGUUUGCCAUAGGUGAGUCAGUAAGUGCAGAGAACAAUUUAAUAGCACAUCAUUAGUGUCCUCGGACGCCCUCCUUUACAUUCUCCCAUACCAAUGGAACAGCUGCCAUUUA